AUGAAACUGAUCAAAAAUGUUCCAGGAAAUCUCUCCCAUGUGACCACAUUCAUUCUCAUUGGAGUCUCGGAGAAUCCAGAACUUCAAAUUCCCCUCUUCUUUAUCUUCUUAGCAAUCUAUGGAGUGACAGUGACUGGAAAUGUGGGAAUCAUCACACUCACAAGUAUAGAUUCACGACUUCAAACUCCCAUGUACUUUUUCCUCAGACACUUGGCAAUCAUCAAUCUUGGCAAUUCCACUGUCAUUGCACCCCAGAUGCUGGUUAAUUUCUUGCUGGAGAAGAAAACCAUUUCCUACUAUGGAUGUGCAACCCAACAUGGAGGUUUCUUAGUGUUCAUUGUUGCUGAGAUUUUCAUGUUGGCUGUUAUGGCCUAUGACCGCUAUGUGGCCAUUUGUAAUCCCCUAUUAUACAUGGUUGUGGUAUCACGUAAGGUUUGCUUUCUACUCGUCAUCCUUACAUAUUCCUACAGUUUAGCUACAGCAGUGACUGUCACUUCCUGUGUUUUCUCGAUGUCCUACUGUUCUUUCAAUGUCAUAAAUCAUUUUUACUGUGAUAAUGUUCCUUUGUUAGUUUUAUCUUGUUCUGAUACCCAUAUGCCAGAGACAGUAGUCUAUAUCUCUUCAGCUACUAAUCUCUUCUUUUCCAUGAUAAUUGUCCUGGUGUCCUACUUCCAGAUCAUCUUGGCCAUCCUGAGGAUACGUUCAGCAGAAGGAAGACGGAAAGCCUUCUCUACCUGUGCUUCCCAUAUGACAGCUGUCACUGUUUUCUAUGGGACACUCCUUUUCAUGUAUUUGCAACCCCAAUCAAACCAUUCCUUAGAUACUGAUAAAAUGGCUUCAGUGUUUUAUACACUAGUGAUCCCCAUGCUGAAUCCUAUGAUUUAUAGUCUGAGAAACAAGGAUGUAAAAGAGGCUCUGAAGAGAGUCUUUGACAACCCUUGUCAAGCUUUUAAAAAUUUGUAA